GUUUUAUAUGGGAAAUAGCCAUAGACAAUCACAGCUCAACAGCUUUUUAACUCACCUCUCACUCUCAGAUCAUUCUUGUUUCAUAUACCUCUCUCUCUCUCUCUCUCUCUCGCUCUCACUCUUUCCUCUCUCUCAUUUCUCUCUCUUUCCUUUUCUACUUGAGAGUUUGGGAGAAAGAGAAGAAGAAAAGGUUUUGUUCAUUUUAGCAGCUUCAACUUUCUCAACCCACCCUGAGUUUCUCUCUAUUGCUCUUAUGUGAGUUUCCUUCUUUUUCACCUCUUUUCUUUGUGGCUCUGUCUCUGUUUCAGCCUUCCGAAUCUCAAAUCCUCUGUUUUUUUCCAUUUAAAUUUCCUUUUCAUUUUAUUUCUCUAGAUUGGGAUCUGACACUAAGAAACUGGUUUGGUCAAAGGGACUCAUCCUUCAGCCAAGAAAGCUCAGAAACAGAUUCUUGUUCUUCUUCUUAUCAUCUCUCUUUCUCUCUCAGAUUCCAUUUCCAAAAUGCCAUUUUGACAGAUCAAAAAUCACCAAACUUUUCUCCCUCUUUUUAACAUCCACCGUUGAUAUAUAUAUAUAUAUAUAUAUAGAGAGAGAGAGAGGCACAAGAUCAACAAUCGUUGAAGAAACAUGUACAGAGGAAUCCAAGUCAUGUCACCAGCAACAUACUUAGACACAUCAAACUGGUUGUUCCAAGAGAACAAAGGAACUAAAUGGACACAUGAAGAGAACAAGAAGUUCGAAAACGCUUUAGCGUAUUACGACAAAGACACUCCCGACAGAUGGUACAAAGUCGCUGCUAUGCUCCCCGGAAAAACAGUCGGAGAUGUGAUCAAACAGUACAAGGAGCUAGAGGAAGAUCUCAGCGACAUCGAAGCUGGUCUUAUCCCGAUCCCUGGUUACGCCUCCGAUUCAUUUACACUUGAUUGGGGUGGCUAUGAUGCGGGAAACAAUGGGUUUAACAUGAACGGAUAUUACUUUGCCGCCGACGGAGGAAAGAGAGGAUCCGCCGCGAGAGCAGCGGAGCAUGAACGGAAGAAAGGUGUUCCGUGGACAGAAGAAGAACACAGACAAUUUCUGAUGGGUCUAAAGAAAUAUGGAAAAGGCGACUGGAGAAACAUAGCUCGAAACUUCGUGACCACACGGACGCCAACGCAAGUCGCAAGCCAUGCUCAAAAGUAUUUCAUUAGGCAAGUCAACGGCGGCAAAGACAAGCGCCGAUCAAGCAUCCAUGAUAUCACCACAGUCAACAUCCCAGACUCUCCUGAUGCCGCAGCCACUGAUACCACAACCGCAAACGCACCAUGCUCACCGCCGUCAGUAGGAGGAAGCCAGCGGGAGGCAUCAGAUCAGUGGGAAGGUCAAACCACAUACGAUGAAACAGCGGCUGCGUUUUACAAUCAAAACGCGUUUCAAGAAACUCUCCUUGGAAUGUCCUCGACUCCAUAUAUGGCCAAACUGCAGGAGCAGAGUUUUCUAAACGCAUCGCAAUUCGAAUCGUACAAUGCUUAUCUCCAAAUGUAGCACAAGCUGGAGAACUUGGAGAAGUUACCGAGUUAAUAAUUAUUAAUAACUUUUUACUCUUUCGGUUUUAUUAUUUGAUCCUCGCGGCGUGCAUAUACAAAAAUUUAGCCGCUGUUUUUUUUAUUCCAGAGAUAUUUUAUGUUUUCCCCCAUAUUUUUGUGGUUGAUUCAACGAGAUUUUCAGCAAAUUAAUUAGGUUUUUGGUUAUUUUAAUUGCUGAAUGAUGAACUUUGAACUAUGUGUGUUGUGUGAUUUGAGCCUCUUGUGAGCUCAAAUUACUUACUAUAUAGUGUAUGUUGUGUGAGUUGUGUCAUGUUGACUUUUAUUACAUCUAUCUUAUUAAAUUAGAAUUACCUUUUAGA